UGUAUUUGAAACAUUAUGGUUUUGUGUGUAGCAGUUGUCUGUUUUGAAUUUUUUUUGUGUCUGCAACCUUUCUGUUUGUGUCUAUAGAAGUUGUGUGAGCGGCAUUUGUUGUGUGUCCAUACAUUUUUCUAUUUGUGCAGCAUUUUUGUUGUGUUUGUAGUAUUUUUCUGUUGAGUGAAGCAGUUGUGUGUCCAGUGGUUUUGUUAUGUCUGCUGCAUUUGCGUUGAGCCCGUAGUAGUUGUGUGUGCUGCAGGUUUGUUGUGUGUGUGCCAGUUUUGUGUCUAUGUAUAAGUGUGCACAGAGGUUAAAUUCAGAGUCUCAGUUUUCAGCCCACUCAGGUCUGAGUUCACAUGAGCAUGCACGUUGGGUCGAACUGAAGUGGCCGUCACGUGCACACGCCCUCCUGUAAAUAGCGCUGCAGCUGCUGCAGCCUGAAGAUCCUUUAAAGGUUUCUUCAUAUUUUUAGAUUCAGCAGCAGAAUUUUUAUAGUUUCUGAUCUUUUUUUUUUGAGUCAAAGUCUGUCAGAUUGCAAUGUAGAGCAGAUUCUGGAUUUUUCUCUGUUAGUGAAUUCUUGAAGAAAACCCACAUUUGAGUACCCCCCCACCCCAUCCCCAUCUUUGCUGGUCUUCUUUUGCCCACCCCCACCCCCUCUCCCUGUGUGACUCCAUUUCUUCUGCGGGCUGGUUUGCUUUUAGUUCUCAUCUGUCUUCUCUCAACUCCCUGUAGUUCAAGACUGUCCACACUUUUCUAUUCCGAUGGCUGACAAAAAGCGCACUCCACCAAAGAGGAAAGAACGGACGGAGGAGGUCAGAGAUGACGGACAGAAGCCUGAGGAGAAUGGAGAGGUCCCCUCGGACUCUGCUGCUGCUGCUGCUGUGGAAAACAGUGAGAAUGGAACACUUCAGUAUGAGCCCAUGGAGCUACCCCCUUUUGAAGUCAUCACUGGGGACCGGAUCGACCCAUUUGUCUUCAAGUUCCAGUUCAAGAAUGUGGAGUACUCGUCAGGUCGCAACAAGACGCUGCUGUGUUACCUGGUUGACAGUGGGGGAUCAGGGGAUGGGCUCCUACGGGGCUACCUGGAGGAUGAACAUGCUGGCACCCACGCUGAGGAGGCGUUCUUCACACACUGUCUGCCCAACAUCGACCCCAGCGUUCAGUACAACAUCACCUGGUACGUGUCGUCCAGCCCUUGCCAAGCUUGUUCCUUAAAGCUAGCAGAGCUGCUGAAGUCCAGGAAAAACGUCAAGCUCAGCAUCUUUUCUUCUCGCCUGUUCGAGUGGGAGGCAGAAGAGGUCCAGGCUGGCCUGAAGGCCCUGCACAGCGUCGGCUGCAAGCUGAGGGUGAUGAAGCCUCUGGACUUCUCUUACACCUGGGACACCUUUGUGGAAACUGAAGAGGAACCGCUGAACCUGUGGGAGGACUGCAAAGAUAACUAUGAGUACUACCAUGAGAAGCUGGACCAGAUUCUGCACUGACUGCACUUUUCUCCAUGACUGCAGUGUUCCACUCUGAGCACAGAUGCCAGGCAAUCCCUCAGGUCAUUCAGUGGGCACAAGCGUUUCCUGGACCAGCUGAAAGUCCUGGAUCCUGGAGUGGUAUGAAAGCAUCUGCACUGGGAGAUCUGGAUUUCAUCCUUGUGCAUUUUUUGAUGGAAAAAUUGAAAUGGACUAAGUUAAAUUAUGAUAAAAACCAAAGUGUAUUCCAAAGCUUGAACAACUCUCUCUGUUCAAAGAUCUGACCACUUGUCGCUCAGCGUCUUUUGGUCUCAUUGACCUUCAUCUCUUACCUUCAUCUGCCUUACCUUCAGGAUCGUUUGUCAUCUGCUAUUCUCUGAUUACAGAGAAGAUCUUAGUUCAGUGCAGAUCUUGCAGUGCAAGCCCACAUCAUCCACAUCAUCCCACUAUGCCUGACGGAUUGUGGGAGUAUGCACUGAAACACGUGUACUCAUUUCUUGUGACUUCCCUUGUUACUGAAUCAGUGUUUCUGUAAAUGUACCUCACAUUUCAUGUGUAAUUUUGACAAGAACCAAAUAAAUCGGUUUUUGAAGUUUA